CUUUCGUUUUUGACAGUCGUAUGUUACUGUUUUUACACAUAAUCAGGUUAUGCAUUUUUAUAAAUUCAUAUGGAAUUACAUUGCUUAAAUACAUGUUUUCCUAUAUAUUUCAUUUUGGAAACAUGAUAGUCUGCAGAUGGUGAGUUACAUGUUUGUAUUGGAGGCAGCAUUGAUUCAAUAUGGGGUCAACACCAGCUAAACAACCUUCGAGACACAACAGCAUCAAUCAACCAGCACAAGCGGCUGAUAACAUCCAACCGUUAGAAGUAGUAAAGAGCACUGGAAAACUACAGGACAAUGAAUCAGUCGAAGAGCUCAGAACAGACCGCUUGAAAGACAAUCACAAUCAAGGAAAGGAAUUGGACGUCCAUGAAGCUAUUUUUAAACAGAAAGAAGCAGGACACGUUCCUACGGAUGACAAUAGUAGAGACUCAAAAGAAUUUGGAGAAUCAAUAUCAACUUUACCAGCAAAAGAUCAUCCAUCGGACAGAAAUGACGAACAAAAGCUGGAAAUUUCAGAAAAUGUACAGAAUAUGCAACAGGCAAACAAAGACAUUACUUCCGAAGACAAAGACUUACAAGUACUAUGUUUCUACAGUGACAAUGCAAGCAAAGAGAAAGACGAUUCGGACAAAAGUGAUGGAAAUCUGAUAAGAGGCCUUCCCAAUAUAAAGGCAAGCUCAUGUUACAUGUCGACACUCGUCCAGGUAUUGGCACAGACACCUGGCUUCACCGACAAACUUCUCCACAACAACCAGAACUGCCACGUGGCCAGUACCUUGAUUAAGCUAUUUGUUGAGAUAAAUGAUACACAACAGGGGAGUUGUGAUACAGAAGAAGAUUUACACUCUCUUGUUUCCGACUUACAAAACAACAUGUCCGAAAGGGAUGAGAGUUACAAGAGUGGAAAUCAAAACGACUGUCACUCCUUAUACCUGUGUUUAAUGGAUGCAUUAGAUGAGGAAAUCAAAGGAUGCACGUCAUUAUUUGAGGGACAUGCUCGAAACAUAUUCAGGUAUUCAACGUGCGACCACGUUGAAGAAUGUCAGCCAGAAUGUAUAAGGUCUCUGCUUUUAACAGUGGAUGAAGUAUAUUCUUCCGUUGAAGACAGUCUUAAGCUUUUAGAGGAGAUAGUGACGUUUAACGACGCUGAGGUACCAUGUAGAACAUGCCUGGAUGAAGAAAAGCGUUACGAAGACACGUCAACAUACAAACAAUACAUAGUUGCGAAACCACCGGAGAUACUUGUUUUACAGCUGGCAAGAUUUAAACAGGAUAUGGUCUCAGUGAACGAACCAUACAGAAGACUGUACAAGUACCAGGGAAAUGUACAUUACCCUUCUGACUUAUCCCUUCCCACCAGCAUAGAGGGACCGUCUGGCCGGGAAUGUGUACAUGUAUGGUACGAAUUAUAUGGCGUCAUCUGCCACGAGGGAAGCCUUGAAGAAGGACAUUACUGGUGUUAUGUGAAGAAAAAUGGAUGGAACCCAGAUAACUUGUACCUUUGGCACCUUUGUGCCGACUCCUACGUCAGAAGACUUGACGUCAAUGAGGAGUGGCCUCACUCGCCGUUCGCGUACCUGCUAUUCUACAAACGACUGAAACUGUGAUUUUGUGAUAUUGAAACACAAUCUUUUGCAAAAUCAUUAUUUUUUAAUGAUAUUUAAAAAUGGCAUAAUAUGAUUGAUAAAAAAGACAAAUUCACAUUUAAAUAAAAUCGAAUUAAAAAGAUUAAAGAUUAAUGUUUCUUGUUAUACAUAGUUUGGAAAUCAAUAAGCCCUCAAGACACAUACCUACUGUAUUAGGUUGUGAAUAUGUUAUUGAAGCUUCAUGUUAUUAAAAGACUCUUAAAUUCGUUUCCAUUUUAUUGUU